AUGGCCGAGUCUCUCAUCACUAAAGAAGAAGCAGGAGGAUACUACUACGGACUUAACAGCCACCCAAAACUUGUGGCCAGAUCUGACAUAGAAGAUAAGCCUUGGAGCGCUCGUUGUGAUGGCUGGACGGUGCAGAAGACGAUCGAUCCCAUUGGGAACCACGCAAUUGUUCCUCUCUGGAACAAAGCGGACAGCAACAUGCGGACGGGCAUUAUCGCUACACUGAGAGACCUCAACUGGACGGCGAUCAAUAUCCUUCGACUGGGAUACGCCAGACGUCUUAACACUUUGAAUGAGCCAGAUGACAUGUUCCCCAAGCUCCUUAUCUCCGUCCAGCCUGAGUCUACUUCUUGGCAGUCUGGGUACACCACCACCCUGCAAUGUCGACAAGUCCUUCGGGAACACUGGAUCAAUGAUGUUGAAGUUGAAAUGAUGGAAGCUUGGGUUUCGAGGUGCAACUCUCCUCGGCUAACAUCCCAGCCCAUCACAGAGUAUAUCCAAGAGGCGGCACAGCUUUCUGAGUUUCUUGGCGCUUCUAUUGCAAGUGAAGCCUCUCCUACAUUCGAAGGCACAAAGGGAUUCUACGUGCGCCUUAAAGACACGGACAAACUGCUUGCUGUUACCUGCCGUCAUGCAUUACUCGAUACCUUCCCGGAUGUCGAUUAUCGCCAUUCAGUCAAUGCUCCAAACAUGGUGAUUCAGCCAGGACAAAUAACAUACAAGGCGACAGUUGAAUUCCUGGCAUCUUUUACAAAAAUGCUCGAAGAGCGCUUCGAUACGCUUACCCCAGCUAAGAUGGAGGAGUUAAGAAUCCUACGAGGCUUAAAGGCAAACUACGAUCAAAUUAACGACUUGGAAUUGCGUAUUAUUGGUCACGUCUUAUUAUCUCCCGAGUAUAGUCUCAGUACUUCUACGCCAAACGUCACUUGGAUCAGGGAUUGGGCGUUAGUUGAACUACACCCAGACAGGCACGAAACGGCGUUGAGCGAGAUCAAGAACAGGGUCGUGGCAGGCCCUCGCGCCAAAGGACAGCUUUUUCAGGCCCUCUUUCAUGAACACAGCGCUGAUCACCAAACACACGUUGAGGGUAUGUUCGUCGAUUAUCCCACGAACACCUAUGAGCUCACUAAACCUGUGCAAGAACAUAAGAUAAGACAGCCGUUUAAAGCAGCUCGGAAUCUGAAAAAUGAGCCCCCUAUGGUAGUAGCAAAGUUUGGUCGAACUACAGGUCUUACCUUUGGUGUCGCAAAUGAGGCCAAGUCAGUUCUUCGAAAGAUGUUAGCAGGAGAGAUGGUUGCGUCUGAUGAAUUGUGUAUCAUUGGACAAAAGAAGAAAGAAGGCUUAUGCCGGGAAGUCUUCUCUUCCAAAGGAGACUCUGGAGCGUGCAUCCUAGACAUGUAUGGUCAGGUUACUGGCAUGUUAACGUCGGGAAUGGAAGCCCAGAAUGAAGAUGCCUUUGAGAUCACCUAUGCUACUCCAAUUGAGUGGUUACUGAAGGACAUUCGGGGCUACGGGCUUGAGGUUACGCUGGCAUAA